AUGGAACAACUACGCUCGUCUGAGUCAGAUGGCUCUUUUGCUAUCACUAUUGAAAAAGAGUCCAGCAAACCGGAGAUCUCACAAUUAGAAUUAUUGGAACUCAGAAUGGUUGCGCGUGAGAGUAUUACAUUGGUUGGUGGUCCAGCAGCCAUCCUGCUCCAGAUCGCACAUCCUCUGGUCGGCCAGGGGGUCGCGGAUCAUAGCACAUUUACUACAAGAGCCAUCAGCCGAGCCGAGUACACUCAGAUGUAUAUCUACUGCAUGAUAUUUGGAUCAACUGAAGAAAAAGCCGCCAUGAAAGCCUACGUUGACAAAUCCCACUCACGAGUUGUUGGCCAAUAUAAGAAAAUCGCAUACGAUGCGAAAGACCCCGAACUUCAACUUUGGGUUGCGGCGACAAUAUAUGCUUCUAUGAUAGGCAUGUACGAAUUAAUUUACGGCCCUAUGUUUCCCGCAAGAGCCGAGCGAGUUUACCGAGCUUUCUCAGUCAUGGGUACUUCACUUCAAGUUCCACGAGAAAUGUGGCCGAAGAAUCUCGGUGCAUUUAAGAGCUAUUGGGAUGACAUGAUUAACAACAAGCUACAUGUAACCAGUGAUGCUCGCGCGGUGCUGAAGGACAUAUUCUAUCCAACCAAAAAUUUACCGCUAUGGGCACGACCACUUGGAAUAAUUGCCAUGCCGUUCGUACGUUGUAUUACCAUUGAGCAGCUGCCGCCUCCUGUUCGGGACGAGUUCUUUUUGAGAUCUACCAAAACAUCCCGUGCUAUAUCUAGCCUCUUUAUUAGUGGGAUGGCGGGUGUAUACCCCUUUAUGCCUCUAUUUCUGCGUCAAUUUCCGAAGACAAAUAUGAUGAGACAGAUGAGAAAGCGUAUGAAGAAACGUGGAGGCCAAUUGACGAAACCUUAA